AUGGAGAUGACAGGAUCUUCUCUAAGCAGAGGUGUGAACAGGAAGACAUCACAGGAGAACCCAGGAGGGGAGCACUCCAUACAGAAGAGAAGGGAGGAGUGCAAGGAGCCUUCAGCACAGAAAAACAACAGCAGACAGAAGCAGGAGACCACAGUGAUUCAGACCACGGCCAAGUUCAUCCGUAACUUUGUGGAAAAGGCACCGUCGAUGGUGGCUGCUGCCAUGACUUACUCGAAGCCUCGAUUGGCCACACUUUGGCACUACGCCAAGGUUGAGCUGGUUCCCCCAACCCCUGGUGAAAUCCCUACAGCUAUUCAGAGCAUGAAAAAAAUAAUUCACAGUGCCAAAGCUGGUAGCGUCAAACACCUUACAGUGAAGGAAGCUGUGCUGAAUGGCUUGGUGGCCACUGAGGUGUGGAUGUGGCUUUACAUCGGAGCGAUCAUAGGCAAACGUGGCAUUGUUGGCUAUGAUGUUUGAAGACCAAUCUUUAACUUCUGAUUUGAGUUCUUAUCUUGGACCAUGUA